UAGUGUAGAAACGAAAUGGCGAGAUUAUUUCUACUUUUGGUUCUCUGUGUGUUUGUUGUCUCAUUGGCUUCAGAGCUUGUCAUCGAUGUCCAACCAAACGUCAUAACGACAGAGAUAACACCCCAACUUGUGAUCAACUGUUCUAUAACCAAUAACCAAGUCCAACAACUAGACCUGAUCAAAUCUCUAACUCUUUCUCGUUAUAAUGAAACUAUCAGAGACUUUGAUGAACUCAUAGCUUUGGAUUCCUUGACACAAAAUCUAAAACAAUUUGUUAGAUUUAAAUAUUCACAAAUAGGUUUUGGAAAUCGGUAUAUAACUUUAAUCCUACAUAAUCCAACUCAGUUUGAUGCCAGAAUAUACAAAUGUAAUGCCACUGGAGCCAAUUCAGAAGGGGCGAAUAUUUCUUUGUUUGCUAAGAAGGCAGUAGAAUAUGAAACAAACUCGACCGCUUUAAUUGAAGAGAUUCGACGUAUCAAGAAAGACGAAAACUAUUGCUCUUUCAAGAAAGAUGAUCUCUCAGACAUCAAGCAAAGAUCGAGAGUUUAUUUUUCUGGAAGUUCUGAUAUUAUUAAAGAACGAAUUGAACCUUUGACAUUAAAAUGUACAUUUCAGGUUUUAAAAACAGAUCAAAAUGAAACUUCCAGACUUCAGUCUUUGUAUAUACUUCAUGAGUCCAAAGGUGUUAUUGCAUAUGUAAACAAAGCUCAACCCGUUGUUACAAGUCUCCAAGGAAGUAAUAUACAAAAUGUUGAAGGAGAAAUCUAUGACAACGCAAUUAAAGAUUCCUAUCUUCAAGUCACAUGGAGUAAUCUGAAACACACUGAGUCAGGAAAAUAUUUUUGCGAAGCCCAUAAUCAAUAUUCAGAAGGAAGAAUUGACAAGUCAAGUAACAUGUUAACCAUUACAGUUGAAAGACCAACGUUUGAUGACUUGGUGGAAGCAAUGCACAAAUUGUUUACACAGGUCGAUGGAGCCAAAGAAAGCCUAAAAGCUAUUAAUCAAAAUAUAAAGAACAUCAACAAAGACUUGGAUUUUAAAGAACAAAAUAUCACAAGCAUAAAAGAAGAGGUGAUUAGAAAUCAAAAUAAUAUACAGAUCCUUAGUGAAGAUUCGAACAUUAAGGAACAAAAUUUGACAAGCAUUAAAGCAGACUUGAGCACUAAACAACAAACUUUUUUAAACAUCAAAGAAGACGUGAUUUUAAAUCAACAAAAUAUAGACAAAAUAAAACAAGACUUAAACACUUAUCGACAUAAUACGAGCAACAUUGAAGAGCAUCUGGAAGUAAUCUUAGCCAAUCUUUCAACUGCCUCGAUAAAAGUGAAAAAUCAGACCGAUGAAGGAAGCACACUGAGCUAUUCACACCGUAAAUCUUGUCGUGACGUCAACAGUACAGACGAUCGUGUGGUGGUAACAUUAACUUCCGGGUUAAAGGUCAUGUGUGACACAAAGACAGACGGUGGUGGAUGGAUCAUCUUUCAGAGAAGAAUCAACGGAAAAGUAGAUUUCUAUAGAGACUGGAAGGAGUAUCGUGACGGCUUUGGGGAUUACAACAUUGGGGAAUUUUAUCUGGGGAAUGAAAAUAUUUUUAACUUAACAUCUAAUGGACAGUAUGAUUUAAGAAUUGAUUUGAAAUAUAAGAACAAGGCAUUUUUCGCGCAAUAUUCAAGUUUUAAAAUAUUGAGUGAAAAAGAGAAAUAUAAAUUAAACAUAGGAGUCUAUUCAGGAAAUGCUGGUGAUAGUUUUUCAAGGCACAAUAACGCAUUCUUUAGCACUUUUGAUAAAGAUAACGACGGGGAUGGGGUUAACUGUGCAGUGAAAUACACAGGAGCCUGGUGGUACUUCAGUGGAUGCCAUAGAUGUAACUUAAACGGUAAAUGGGGAAGUUCCGAUUUUGGCAAAGGUGUUAACUGGUCUGACUUAAGUACGUUUUAUUCAAGUGUUUCCUUUACCGAGAUGAAAAUAAGAGAAAUUUAAUAAGAUAACUUCUGCUGGACUAUUGCAUUUAAGAAUUGAUUAGAAUUACAAUAACAAGAAUUAUUUUGCUAAAUAUUCGAAUUGACUGAAAACAACAAUUAUACAUAAAAGAUAGGAGUUGACUCAGGAGAUGCUGGUGAUAGUUUUUCAUAGCACAAUAACGAAUUCUUUAGCACUUUAGAUAGAAAUAACGAAAAGAUAUUUAGAGAAUUUGUGCCCAAGAGAUUUUUAAAAAAUAUUUUAUUAUUAUUUUUUGUAAUUAUUAUUUAUAUUUUAUUUUGUAUUUCAAAUUUGUAUAUUCAUGUAUUGUAAAUUUUAUUACAGACAUUUUAAAGAAUACAAUUAAAGUACUAAAA